AUAGUAGUGUUAUAUAACCAGAGAUAAAUUCUCGUUUAAGUAAUAAAGAUGAAAGGUGGAAGCAUGGAGAAAUUGAAGCCGAUAUUGGCGAUAAUUUCACUGCAAUUUGGGUAUGCAGGCAUGUACAUCAUCACUAUGGUCUCGUUCAAGCAUGGCAUGGACCAUUGGGUUCUUGCCACAUACCGUCAUGUCGUCGCCACGGUUGUCAUGGCUCCAUUUGCUCUCAUUUUCGAGAGGAAAAUUAGGCCCAAGAUCACACUACCAAUAUUCUGGAGGCUUCUUGCUCUUGGAAUAUUAGAGCCCCUUAUGGACCAGAAUUUGUACUACAUAGGUUUGAAAAACACGUCAGCAUCGUACACUUCUGCCUUUACCAAUGCACUUCCCGCCGUCACCUUCAUUCUUGCCCUCAUUUUCAGGCUUGAGACCGUCAACUUUAGAAAGGUCCACAGUGUUGCAAAAGUGGUAGGAACGGUAAUAACAGUAGGAGGAGCAAUGAUAAUGACGUUGUACAAAGGUCCGGCUAUCGAGAUCGUGAAAGCCGCUCAUAAUUCUUUCCACGGCGGUUCGAGCAGCACGCCCACCGGCCAACACUGGGUCCUUGGAACCAUAGCCAUUAUGGGCAGUAUCUCUACAUGGGCUGCUUUCUUCAUUUUACAAUCAUACACAUUAAAAGUCUAUCCAGCUGAGCUAUCACUUGUAACGUUGAUAUGUGGGAUAGGGACGAUCCUAAACGCCAUUGCUUCGCUAAUAAUGGUUCGUGACCCGAGUGCAUGGACAAUCGGUAUGGAUUCCGGAACACUCGCCGCGGUUUACUCUGGAGUGGUUUGUUCGGGGAUAGCUUAUUACAUACAAAGCAUUGUGAUUAAGCAGCGUGGCCCUGUGUUUACGACGUCGUUUAGUCCUAUGUGUAUGAUCAUCACUGCCUUCCUCGGUGCAUUGGUUUUGGCUGAGAAAAUCCAUCUCGGAAGUAUAAUUGGGGCAGUUUUCAUAGUACUUGGACUAUACAGUGUGGUAUGGGGAAAAAGUAAGGACGAAGUGAAUCCUUUAGAUGAGAAAAUCGUAGCCAAGAACCAAGAGCUUCCGAUCACUAACGUAGUCAAACAAACGAACGGUCAUGAUGUCUCGGGAGCACCGACUAAUGGUGUGGUUACAAGUACCUGAUUCAAGUCCCAAAAGAGAAGAAAGAUACUUAAACAAAGAUUUCAUCUCCAU